CCACGAGAGGGGGAUGCUUCAGGAGAGCCUGGCAACCCAGAUCCCAUCUGUCACAGAUCGAGUCCCUGGGCAGGACGCUAACAUUAUCUUUUCAUGACAGUGUCAUCCCCGUGCAUUAGCAGGGCUCACACUUUAACCACACAGCCAUGGGCUCCGGGGAGAGUACAACCAGAAAAGUGUCCUUCGGUGUGGAUGACGAGGACAGAGUCAGGAUUCUCCGUGGAGUCAAGCUGUCAGAAGACGUUCUUCAGAGGAUGCGGGGAGUAGCCAACAUUGCUCCAGAACGCACAUCAUCAGCAGACUCAAGCGCUCAGAAAGACACAGGUGCCUCUGGCAGUGCCAACUCAAGCCCUCACCCUCAGCAGAGCUCACAGCGCCGCGCCCAACCCAGCACCCCGUCCAGCAGCCCGUCCAACACUAGCAAACCAGAAACUAAAGAGGAACAGAGGAGAUUUGAGAAAAAGCAGACGAUACCUAAGGAGGAGCUGGCAAAGAAGGUACAGAAAGAGAGGGAGGCAGCGAGGCAGCAGAUGACUAAAGCCAUGACCCAGGAAAGACAACAAACACGACAGGAAGCUGAGAAGGCCAAACAACUGUCAACAGAUGAGAUAGAGGUGAUGACUCUGCAGCUACAGAAGAAAGAUGCACAGCUCACAGCGCUGGAUGCCUUCUACAAGGAACAGCUGGCACAACUGGAGAAGAGGAAUCUGGAAAGAUACGAACAGAGCAAGGACCAAUUCCACCAAGCUGCCUCCAAGAGUGAAGAAAACGUGAGGUCUCGUAAUACAGACCCAGUGUGUCUCGGCCUGCAGGCUCAGAUUUUAUCCUGCUACAAGGUCAACAGAGACCAGACCCUAAAGUGUUCAGACCUCGCCAAAACAUACAUGCAGUGUAUCAAUGCUGCAAAGAAGAACCUGCAGGUCAACCAUGGAUGAAGAGUGGGAGGAAAAGGGUAAAGCAGACGAAGGCUUUUACUGUGGCACUAAGAGCAGCAAUUGUUGCAUUCUUGUUUUGACUUACGAGAGAGUUGAUUUGCUUUUGGCAUGCCUUGAUUUUAAUACGUUCAUAUUAUGCUAUUUAUCUGCGGUAUAAUCCGUUAACGUUGCUCCACUAUUCUGCACUGCUACAUUUUACAGGGAAGCUUUUGAAAAGAAGUUUGUGUAUUUAGUUCAUGGUCUGAGUCAGCACACUUUCUGUUUAGCCAGAGAGGUGUAAAGAUAGUCAGGGUCACUCCUCCGUCAGCUGAAUAGGAUUAGGUUCACGUCCAAACCUGCUUUUUGUACACGAGAACGCAGUAAAGGCCGAAGCUGAAGCGGGCACAUGGGGAUCGUCCUUGCUCUGAUCUCUGAAAGAACUGAUUGAGUUGAUUUGCUUUCAAGGUUUUCAGUUUGUUUAGUUUUUUUACAACAUAGGAACAAGCUCAGGUAACCCUGGCCAUGACUUUAAUUCAUCCGACCUGUGAUGUAUUAUAUGAUUUUAUUAAACCAUUCAUACCUGG